UGGGCUGAGCUCCCGGCAGCGCUGGAUGUUUUCUCUAUCUGUCGUGCGUGGCUCCAGCUUUCGAUUUGUGUCGGUGCUUAUUACCCCACUUUACUGAAGAUUCCAUGAGCUACGGUCGGCCUCCGCCUGACGUGGAGGGAAUGACCUCUCUCAAAGUUGAUAACUUAACCUACCGAACCUCCCCGGAGACACUGCGCCGGGUGUUCGAGAAAUACGGCAGGGUCGGCGAUGUCUACAUCCCAAGGGACCGCUACACUAAAGAGAGCCGGGGCUUCGCCUUCGUUCGCUUUCACGACAAGCGCGAUGCCGAGGACGCGAUGGACGCUAUGGACGGGGCCGUGUUAGACGGGCGGGAGCUGAGGGUGCAGAUGGCCCGCUACGGACGGCCGCCCGAUUCCCAUCACGGAAGGAGAGGACCUGCUCCUCGCAGAUACGGCGACUACGGCCGGCGGAGUAGAAGUCCUAGGAGGCGUCGUCGCAGCCGUUCCAGGAGCAAGAGUAGGUCAAGGUCCCGUAGCAGGUCUCGCCACAGCCGCUCAAAGUCUCACUCUCGUACAAGGUCUCGUACUCGGUCCAGAUCAAAGUCUCGCUCCGCAAGAAGAUCUAAGUCAAAGUCAUCGUCUGUGUCAAGGUCUCGCUCCAGAUCUAGAUCCAGAACAAGGAACUCGCCUCCUCCGCAGAACUCCAAAUCAAGAUCCCGCUCUAAGAGCCCUCCAAAAUCCCCAGAGGAAGAGGGAGCAGUGUCUUCAUGAAGAGUCAACACCUGGAAUUCUACGAGAUGGGACAUCAUAUUUUGGGUGAUAUCAUUCAUAUGCCGUUCAACCCACUGAGAAAUAGAGCAAAGCAACAGCCUGCCGAAAAGGUGGUUAUUUGUAUGAUUUCUUAAACUUUUUACCUGUUUCAGUUGCGCUUCUUGCCGCAAGACUUUACAUUUUCUGUGCAAUUUUGUUCCUGUUCCAAUUUCUUGUAAUUUAGUGAAAUGACCGACUACAGAUUUCAAUAUUGGCUUGGAUAUUUGAGGUAAUUUGCUUUUGUUAAAAGUAUCAUUGGAAAUCAAGGUCUCACAGCUGUUAUGCUCCACAUCUGUGUAUAGCGCAUGAACACUGGGCCUCAUCUGACCGGCCAGGGUUCCUCCAAGUGAAAUGUUCUUGUAAUGCGUGGAACUUUAAAUGAAAUGUACAUGUAACAAUAUUGCAAGGGAGUGUUUUUGUUUGAUUACAACUCUAAUUUCUUCUCUUGUGUAUUUUUGUGCACUAGGCGCAGUUGUGUAGCAGUUGUAUUGCUGGUUAGCUGUAUAAGGUGGCGUGUUGCAGUGCAGAGUGCUUGGCUGUUUCCUGUAUCUCCUCAUUGCUCCUGUGUAACGCUGCCUUGUCGUGCAGAAAACACAUGGCUGUCCAGUUUAUUAGGAUGCCUGACGACAACUGCAAAAUCCAGUCGCCCGGGCCUUGCAUAAAAUAACGGAGCAUACAGUGAGCACAUCUAGCUGAUGAGAAACACCUUAUGUUUUAAACCUGGUAAAUCCUGAGCAUCGUUUUGUAAUAUCACGCUGGUGUCAUUCCUUUGUAUGUAAUGAACUGCAUAUAUCUCUGGCUCUCACAUUCUGUACUAUAACCACUGUUUCUGUAGUUAAUAAACUUUUUUUUUCUUUA